AUGGCCUUCUACCGAGGUGGCUCGUCGUCGUGGGCGGCAGCAAUGAUGGCGGCGCCGAGCAGCAGGGCGUGGAGCAAGGCGGAGGACAAGGUGUUCGAGAGCGCGCUCGUGGCGUUCCCGGACCACACGCCGAACCGGUGGGUGCUCGUGGCGUCGCGGCUCCCGGGGCGCUCGGCGCAGGAGGUCUGGGAGCACUACCAGGCGCUCGUGAGCGACGUCGACCUCAUCGAGCGCGGGAUGGUCGAGUCCCCGGGGUGCUGGGACGACGGCGACGACGGCGCCGGCCGCGGUGGGGUGCAGGGCGCUGGCCGCGGCCGCGGCGGCGGGGGCGCGGGUGGUGAUGAGCGCCGCCGCGGCGUGCCCUGGACCGAAGAGGAGCACAGGUUGUUCUUGGAAGGGCUAGAGAAGUACGGGCGCGGCGACUGGCGCAACAUCUCGCGGUGGUCGGUGAAGACGCGGACGCCGACGCAGGUGGCGAGCCACGCGCAGAAGUUCUUCAUCCGCCAGGCCAACGCCGGCAGCCGCGGCGACACCAAGCGCAAGAGCAUCCACGACAUCACCGCCCCGUGAUGCGUGGGCGCGCGGCUCCUGCGCGACGACAUAUACAUAUAUGAUAUUUGCAUGCAGCACGAUCCGGUCUGGUCCAGGGCUUAGUGAGCAUGCAUUUGCUUCACCCAAACCAGUUGCUUUCGAUCACCUCAUCGACGAGGAGAGAACGAACGGUGGGGUCUAGUCACCGACCAUGCAUCUCCGUUAGUUCCGCUCGCUCCCGUCGUGUAAAAAUGUAGCUAGGCUAGAACUGAAGCUAAUUAAAGCUCGAUCGGCUGGAACCUGUGAUCAAGUGCUGCGAUAUAGUAGUUUGUGUACUUGUUGAAUAAUAACUGUAUCUGCUUCAUCGAUCGUGUGUGAGUGACAUGCAUGUAAGCUGAAAGGAGUUUAGCAGUCCUGCACAUGGUUGAUACUUGUUAGGGGCAACGGGUUAUAUUCGGUUGUCAUCUUUCCAAUACAUCCAUAAAAAUCAUCGU